AUGAAUGAAUUUAAGAAGCUAUUUCCCAAUAAAGAAGCUUUUGUUAUAUUUUCAUUAUAUAUAAUUUUAUUUGUAUUUCAAGGAGUCUUUGUGACUGCAUCAAAAACUGAAAAUGGUGGAUAUGACUACAACACUACACUUGUUGUAUUUCUAUCAGAGUUAUUAAAGUUAUUCAUAUCAGCAACCCUUUACUCAUAUAAAAGAGAAAAUAAACCUCAUAUUUUCAAAGCGAUUGCUAUCAAUUACAAUCUGCUCCUACUGUACUUUAUUCCAUCCUUGUUGUAUUGUUUUUACAAUAACUUGGCAUUUAUUAAUUUGUCUCACUAUGAUCCCACUUCAUAUUACAUACUUCUACAAUUCAGAGUUGUACUUACAGCUAUUUUAUUUCAGUUCUUAUUCAGCAAGAAAUUGACAAAUAUGCAAUGGAUUUCUUUAAGCAUUCUAACAUUGGGAUGUAUGAUCAAAAACUUUGAUGCUGCAUCAAUACAAUCUAAAGGAUUUACUAUUUUGUCAAUAUGUUUGGUUAGUAUUGCUGUAGCAAUGUAUUUCAAGAACCCGGUAAAUAAUAACACCAUAAGUAAUGAUAAAGACAAAAAACCUCUGUUAGAAAUUGUAACUGAAUAG